AUGUCGAAUCCUAAAAAUGCAGUUGGACGAUCUUUAGUUAAAAAACGUUUUCCUAAUCAGCGCCGUGCUACACAUGGAGAUGAAUGGGUACACCAAAAACCUGAUUUCACUACUACUACUGACUGGAAUCGACUUAAUCUACGAUCCGUUACUGAUCAAAAUUCAUUAGAUGAAUUUUUAACUACGGCUCAAUUAGCGGGAACAGAUUUUGCAGCAGAACGUUUAAAUGUAACAUUUGUACCAGCUGUAGCUAAAGUUGGAAUACUAUCUGAUGACGAUAAAGAACGUAUUCGACAAGUACAACAAUUACAUCGAGAUCGAUUGCGUAUUCCACGAAGACCAGCAUGGACAUCUGAAAUGAGUGCUGAACAAAUUGAUCAACAAGAACGUGUUAGUUUCCUUGAUUGGAGACGAAAGUUAGCUUUAUUGCAACAAAUCGAUGAUUUAACAUUGACACCCUUCGAAAAAAAUCUCGAAUUUUGGCGACAAUUAUGGAGAGUUAUUGAAAAAAGUGAUAUUAUUGUUCAAAUCGUUGAUGCACGAAAUCCAUUAUUGUUCCGCUGUGAAGAUCUAGAAAGUUAUGUUCGUGAAUUAUCACCAGAUAAUAAAAAAGUCAAUGUUAUUCUUGUUAAUAAAGCUGAUCUAUUAACCGAAGAGCAAAGACAAGCAUGGGCAAUUUGUUUUGAUGAACAUGAUAUCCGUGUAAUAUUCUAUUCCGCAUUACAGUCAGCUCCAUCGUCAAAAAAAACUAAUACAGUUCCAUUCGACAAGGAUGACUCCGAGUGUAUUGAUGAUACAGAUAGAAUCCUUCAAGAUAUUAAAAAAAAUCAAACCAGUUAUACUGAUGAUAAUUUUGAAAUAUCGAAAUUGCCGGAAAAAAUGAAUCGUUUUGACGCUCUUGAAGUAGAAGGUGAAAGUGAUGAAAAACAACAAACAGAUAUCAAAAUAAAUAAUGAUGAACUACCUUCGGAUGAUAAUGAAAAUUACGACGACGACGAUGAUGAUGAUGAUGAAGAAGAAGAAGAAGAUUCAUCUGGCAAAGAACAUGAAGACGGAGAUCUUGUUGAACAAGUUCGCGAAGAAAUUUAUGCUUAUGAAAAAUCCAAUGAAACAAAAAAGAAGAAUUUAUCGAUUGUUGUUAAUCGAGAAGAACUGAUCUAUUUACUUAAAUGUUUAUAUGUUCAUAAAACAACUGUUCGAGAAGAUAUUCUUACCAUUGGAAUGGUUGGAUACCCAAAUGUUGGUAAAAGUUCAACAAUUAAUUCUUUGUUGCAAUAUAAAAAAGUCUCAGUAUCAUCAACACCAGGAAAAACUAAACAUUUUCAAACGAUUUUUCUUGAAAAAGAUCUUCUCCUAUGUGAUUGCCCUGGUCUUGUUUUUCCAUCAUUUGUUUCGACGAAAGAUGAAUUGAUUGUCAAUGGAAUUUUACCAAUUGAUCAAAUGCGCGAUUAUAUCGCUCCUAUCAACCUGAUAUCCUUUUUUCUUAUUCCACGAACUGUUCUCUCAUAUGUCUACAAUAUUAUGUUGCCAUUACCAAAAGAAGGCGAAGAUGAAAAGCGACCACCAACAGCCGUAGAAUUCUGUGCUACGUAUGCUUAUCGACGAGGUUUUAUGACUCAUAAAGGUAUUCCAGAUGGAAGUCGAGCAGCUCGUCUCAUUCUAAAAGAUUAUGUCAAUGGAAAACUUUUGUAUUGUUAUCCACCACCCGGUUAUGAUUCACAAGAAUUUCAACGCUAUUCUGAUCGGUAUGAGCUCGAGCCUGAAGUCGAUGAAACUAACAUCGAAACAAACGAAGAUGAAACUACGUCAAAUGAAACAACACCAAAAAAAUCCCGUUUUCAACCGUCAGAAGUCGAUCGACAAUUUUUCAAUCCAACUGAUGUACGUUUUGGUAGCAAAGGUAUUCAUGGUCGAGUAAAUUACACAAGAAAAAGUACUCCCAUGUUAGUUGGCGAAACUAUGAACGAUCCAAUGAGCCAACAUCCAGAUGGAAAACCUUGGAAAAAACAUAAUAAUCGUAAUAAGAAAGAAAAAUUGCGACGUAUUUAUGGACAUCUUGAUGCAUAA